AUUUAUGAAUAAUUCAAGAUCAACAGUCAGAAAAGGAACAAAUAAUCUUCCAAUUUAAACUGGAGACUUGGAAGAAUAUAUGUAAUGAUUGGAUAAACUAUAUAAUUAGAUAAAUAUUGUAUGAUCAUUAAAAGAGUUGUGAGAAGGCAGGAAAAUAUUUGGAAGCAGAUUAAGCAAAAAAAAGAUUGGGGGAAUUAAAAAAAGAUUUGGAUUCAAAAAAUAAGAUUGAAGUCAAGGAUAGACAUACCAAUGAAAAAUAAGAAAUUGAGAAGGCCCAUCUUGAAGAAUUUAAUCAAUUUAACGAAUUCUGGGAUCAAAAAAUGGCUGAAUUUGAUUAAGAGGCCUAAAGAGUGAAGGAAUAGGUUCUUUAAAGACAUGAUGAAGAGUUGAAUCAAUUCACAGAUGAAUUGGAAAACUCAAUUCCUGUUAAACCAAAAGAUUCAGCAGAACUACUUAGUUUAAGAAAGACCGAGGAAUCUUUGGCAAGAUAAGAAAAGUAUAAAUGUAAUACAUUAAAUUAGUUACCAAGAGGCUCAUGUCACUUAAUAAAGGAUUUUGUCAAUGGAGAGAGAUGAAUAUGAAAGAUGGAAUUAAUAAAGAUCAUGUAAGAUCAAAAAUCUGAUUCUUUAACUUAAACAAAAACAAAGCACAGAACUCAAUGCUUUAUAGUAAAGGAUUCUUUCAGGAUAAGAGGAACAACGAAAGAUUAGAUCAUAGGAAUUGGAGAAGUAUAUUUAUAAUUUAAGAAUAGAUUAUUAUAAAAGUAUUAGAAUGUCAGAAAGGAAUUGAGCAGUUAAUAGAAUUAAGAAAUCACAAGACUUGAUAAAUCAAUGAAAACUUAAUCAAUUAUGUAGUAAUCAAGAAUGAACUCAUCCAAAAUGUAGGGUUCUGCAAUGAAAAAAGGGGAUGAAGAAAAUUACUAUAUAAAAUGA